CAACAAUCCUGUGACAGCGUUGUGUGUUUUGGCUUGAGAAACAUAUUGCCCUGAAAACCGCGCAAAAUGGAUUGAUCGUGUGAUCACUGUAAGUAACACUCAGUCGAAAUCAUGUGCUUAGUCGAUAUAAUGGGGGCGUAUUGCUAUAAAAUGACACAACAGUGCUAGUCAACAGCUUUGAGUAAUCUCCAGAUGAGAAGAGCAUGGAGAAUGAUGAAUUUCCGCCAGCGGAUGGGGUGGAUAGGUGUCGGACUGUACUUGUUAGCCAGUGUCGCUGCUGUGUAUUAUAUAUUUGAGAUCAGCCAAACGUACAACCGACUUGCACUGGCACAAGUAGAAAAGGCAUCUGGAGUGGAGACAAAAUGGUCGGGAGAUGCUUCUUCCUCUUCCCCUUCUUCAGCCUCAUGGACAGUGACUCUGAAAACGAGACUUCUCCUCCUGCCCUUCUGGGUGUGGGCCACCAUUUUCCUCAUUCCCUACCUCCAGGUGUUUCUCUUUCUAUACUCCUGCACCAGGGCGGACCCCAAGACUGUAGGAUACUGUAUUCUGCCCAUCUGCCUUGCUGUUCUCUGCAACCGUCACCAAACCUUCGCCAAGGCCUCCAAUCAGAUUAGCAGGCUGCAGCUGAUUGACACUUGAAGUGAUUGUUAAAGAUGUGGGAUCAGAUCUUGGUGCCAUACGUUUGGGCGACUACAAAAGUGCAUUCAUAUAUAAGAUUAUUAUUUUUUAUGACUUGGCCCUGACUUUUUUUGUUUUUGUAGGAAAUAAAUGGGGACGGUGCUUGGGAUUCCUUUUUUUUUUGUAAUGUUUUUCUUUUUCUUGAGUUUAACAACUAAUUGUUUGAGUCACUUGCAGUUCCACACCAGUUUUUGUGUAUUUUAGCAAAAACUGGAUUAUAGGCUAGCGAGGUUUCAAACUCUUUCAAACUGAAUGGCAAAAUCGGUCCGCAUUUUAAUCAAAGUAGACUUAUAAUAGGAUCCAGAAGUAUUUUCCAUGUUGGCUCAGUCUUACAGUACCGUUUUUAGAAGCUUUGUCUUGAUUUAACUGAAAAAAAAAAAAAUAAGUUUGAUAUAAGAAAUUAAGCCAUAGUCCAAGAUGUGGAGAAUGUUGAUGGGGCUGCAUGAACUACUUGAAUUACACUUCUAAUGAUGGGUAGAUUUCCUAUAAAUCAAGAUGAAUAAAGAUUUGUCAGUGCAGACAAGUGUUAAUGUUUCCAUAGUAUGAGGGCAAUGGAUUUUUAGUGUCACUUUAAUGCUCUAGCUGUUUGUUCUUGACUCCAAUGGACAUUGUAUUAGAGGAAAAUAAGAAAACCACUGACAGUGGUGCCACAUUUCCCAUUUGUUUAUAAGUGUCCAUCUUAUUUGUUUUGAAUAGAAAAUGCAAUCAAGGAAAGAAGUUGUAAUAAGAAAACUUUUGUAUUAAAAUCUGUGAUGAAUACAUUUUAAUAUCAGUAUUUUAUGUUCAAGUAUGAUUUCUUGUCAGCUCUAGAAAUGGAAAGGGAGUGUUUUCCUUUUAUUUCUUAAUUUGUGUUUAUUUGACAAAUACUAAUUAUGUAUCAGUGAUAAUCAAGUGUCUUCAGAGAAAAGACAUCUGUGUUUCGGAAAACAAUUUCAUAUUUAUGUCUUGUGGAAUAGUGCACUCAAUCUCAUGUCUUAUUGUUGAGGGAUAUCAGCAUAAUUUUACAGUGUGAAUAAUCUUAUCUUGCAUAAGAAAUGCAAAGGUUAUUUAGACUUGCUGGGUGUGGUAGGUUGUAAUGAAUCUGGCACAAGACUAAUAUAACCAUGGGUCUUAAUUUUAGAUGAGCCUGUGCCACAGACCCAAGUGUUUCAAUCUUUAAAAUCACUUCUUUUGUGGCGACAAUGCCGUUGGUUAUAUAUGUGGAUGGUUUUAUUAAUUUGUUGAAAAGUUUUAAAAAAGGCAAAUUGUUUUUGUCUAAAAGGGCUUGACUAUGAAUUUAUAAUGAUAAUGUUUAAUGGGUACUUGUUAAUAACUUUCCAUUGCAAUCUUAAUACACUGGUUUAAAACAACUCUGGAUUCUGACAAAAAAAAAAAAACAAUAAAGAAAUGUAAUGUGCA